CCACCCACCUUGGCCAACCUCCGUCCCAUCUCUAUCACGUCCUGUGUUGGGAAGUUAAUGGAACACGUUAUCCAGUCCAGACUUCUUCGCUACCUCGAAGACAACCACCUCCUACCAGACACGAUGUUCGGUUUCCGUCCUCACUUAGCAGCCCCCGACAUAAUGCUUCUUCUCCAUCACCAGGUAGUCAUGCGUCGCACACUAGACACGAAAGUCAUCGUCGGCCUCGAUGUUGCCAAGGCCUUCGACAAUAUCCUCCAUGAAGCGAUUCUUCAACAACUCCAGACUCUCGGCGUCGGACAUCGCACGUAUGCAUACGUCCGAGACUUCCUGACCGACCGCAAGAUACAACUCAGCGUCGGCACGGGACAUCCCUCCAUCAUCUCUCCUGGCAACCGCGGCACGCCGCAAGGCUCAGUGCUCUCGCCACUGCUUUUCAACGUUGCACUGAUAGGCCUGCCCAAGCUUCUGGCUGACAUUCCCCACCUACACCACAGCGUUUAUGCUGACGAUCUUACUCUUUGGAUCACACACGGCAGUGACGGCGAGAUCGAAGAGACUCUCCAGACCGCCAUCGAUCGGGUCGGAGGCUAUCUGGAUACAGUUGGCCUCAGCUGCUCGGCGACUAAGUCAGAGUAUAUAAUCAUCCCGUCCCCAGGACGACGCCCACCAAAAAUACUUCCCGAGAUCAACCUCCAGGUGCAAGGAAACCCCAUCCCUCGUACAGAUCACAUCAGGAUUCUGGGCCUACACCUACAGGCAAACGGCAGCAACAAUAUAUCGCUCCAACGCAUCGACCAGUCGGUGCUACAGAUCGGACGUCUUCUCAAGCGAGUCUCCAACAAGCACCGUGGUAUGCGAGAGUGCAACCUCCUGCGCCUCGUCCAAGCCUUCAUCUGCUCCCGCAUAACCUACUCCGCACCUUACUUACGUCUCAUCCGCGCCGAAAGCGAACGGCUAGAGGCGUCACUUCGAAAAGCAUACAAGACGGCCCUGGGUCUUCCCAUGUCAACAGCUACUCACAAGCUUAUGGCUCUCGGCAUCUCCAACACCGUGAGCGAACUGAUCGAAGCUACCCUCACCGCCCAAUACGAGCGGUUGUCACUCACACACGCUGGCCGCGCGGUACUGCAGCAAGUUGGGAUCUCACCAACGAGGGCGGCCCCCAAUUAUAUUGACCUUACACAGGAAUAUCGUCAAAAUCUCCAAAUACCUCCCAUUCCCAAACGGAUGCAUCCGGAACACCACGCCGAGAGACGGGCCAAUCGUGCACGACAGUUCGAGAAACGCUUCAGUGGACGUCCAGAUGUCACGUAUACGGACGCCUCUUACCACCCCUCGAAACCAGCGAUGGUGGCGGCAGCCCUCGCCCCGCACCGUAGCUGGUACACAGCCUGCAGCAUUCGCAACGCAGAAACAGUCACCACAGCAGAGGAGGUUGCCAUUGCGCUUGCGCUAGCUGAUCCUAUUACCAAAGUCGUCAUAAGUGAUUCUCAACAGGCGAUCCGCAACUACGAUGCCGGCCGUAUCUCUCGCCCGGCAUCACACAUUCUGCAUUCUACUCCCCCCUCCUCCACAUCCCGCUUACUCCUGUGGGCUCCAGCCCAUGAAUCGCUCAGGGGAAACGUCCAGGUGCAUAGAGAUCUUAGCUGCCGAGCCGAGUGUAGGAUCCACCGCCCCGAUUCCCCUGACACCACUAUCUCGCGCGAUUCUCUACUCACCACUUACACGGACAUCCUCCAGUACUACCGACUCGGGAGAUGCAUAUAUCCUCCCGCACACCGUGAUCUAACAAGGCGCGAGGCCGUCCAAUGGCGCAAACUACAAACAGGUAGCUUCCCACACCCCCUCUUAUACAGUAAAAUCUUUCCGCAACAAAUAACGCCUCGGUGCAAACACUGCUCAGCUCCGGCCACUCUCAUACACAUGGCGUGGACUUGUACGCACGACAACACAGACAAAACAAACACCCCAGAGUCGUGGGAGUCCCUCCUGCGUAGCUCCGAGCCAGCAGACCAACGUCGGCUCAUCCAGCGUGCGGUGGAGGCCGCGGAAUCCGAAGGGAUCCCCGCCGACCUCCUCUAA